GGAGCAGUGAGUGCUUUUGUAUAAAAUCAUAUUCAUUUGGAAGCUGCAAUGUAAGAAUUUUUUUUUUUUUUAAUCACUUACACAGACUAACGAGAGGCACCCUUGUAACAUGAGCCCUGACCAUAGGGUAGCCUGUGAUGCUCAUUAAAAUCUAAUCUGAAUUGAUAUUUGUGUUUGACAGGGUAAGUGGUGUUCAAAUAUGGCCAAUGAAGCUGAAAGAGAUGCAAGUAAUGGUGUCAGACCAAGCCCUAGUGGUUCUGUCAUGAGAGUAGAGACAGCUGGAGGGAAUAAGAUAGAGAUUAAUGAUGUUUGGACAACUAGAAUAUUGGUGACCGCCGUCUCUGGGACUGGAAUUUAUGUCGUAAAAAGUUUGGUAACUUUUUUCCGUGAGAAUCCAAAAUUGGUUACAGAUGUAGUAAAAUGGGCUUUUAAAGGUUGGGGUGAAGCUACAGUCAAGCCUGGGUCAAUUAUUGUUGACUUGGAUUUUGGAUCACAGGAGAAAUUUUUAAAGUUUAAAGAAGACUUUAAGGAUGGAAAAGUUAAAGAUGCAUUGGAGAGAGGGUUAGGAGAAAUUGGCUACAAUGCCAAACUGGAAUUAAAACUUGUAAAGGAAAAUCCUAAUGUGGCUACAGUCGAAAUGAGGUAAAUGAGUUAUUUUUAUUUGAUAGCUGACAUGUAUUGGUCUGUUAGUCAGGUGACUGGUUAGGCCUUCCCUUUAUACCUUAGCAGGCAAUCAUUUUAGCAGGCAGUCACAUUAACUUCUUUAUUCAUACCAGUUUAAUCUUUUACCUUAAUUUAGUACACCCUGAAAUCAAUGUGCAUAUUCUCCAUACUGUUCUCUGUACAUUUCCCAAAGUGGAGACAAGGAGAAUUUGUUUAACAAUCGAGAGCUUCUUUAGUUGUUGAUCAUUUCCUUUGUUCUCCUAACCUUAAUGUGUGGUUUAGGGGUGAUAUUGUAAGAAGAAGUUAAAUGCUAGAUUAAAUCACUCUUGAGGACCCCAUGAUUAAUAUUUUGAUCUGUUGACGACACUGUGAGGAUUGUUUUAUUUGCCUUGAUGUCUUCACCCUGUAGUACAAAUGCAUUACAGAUCUCUAUCAAUUCUUUUAGAUAUACUCAGGACCUUUUGCAGGAAAGUUUUGCUCUUGCGUGGUGACCAGCUAGCUCCCACUGUUGGCUAAGAACACAUUUUUGUUUCAAGCUCUCAAUGAAAAUCCAAGAAGUUAUGUGACUAGCCACUAAUCUCUUGCAAAAAUACAAAUUUCUCAGGAUCAAAAUGGAAGUUUAAUUGUUCAAUUUAUGUGGAUUUUUUUGUUUAAAAUGUCAUAUUCUCAUGCGAGAUUCAGUAUACUUUAAGAGUUCUUGUUAGCUGUGUUGUUUUAUUUUAUUUGUUAGUGUUGACAUUUAUCCAUCAUCACAAUGCAUUGACCUCCAGUGUUAGCAAAAAGAAAAAAAUACUUACUUAAUAGGUAAGAGCUAUAUUUUUUGAGUACAUGGUUUUCAUACAGUACAAUGAAAUUUUGCAUUUUCAGCAAAGAAACUGUGAUACGAGAGACCAAGAAAGUUUCAUUUGCAUAUUCCAAUCCUAGAGUUGUGUCCCAUGGAGAAAGGAAAGAAGAAAAAGAGAGUGAUCAGAAAGCCGGUGAGACAUAUGCUCUGUGAAUGUUUAUAGACCUUUAUAUAAUACAAUAUCUCAAAAACAUACACUACUGCAUGAUCUAAUAGCCUCCAAAUUCAGAGAAAGUACAAACUAAGUUGCUAGUCUGUAUAUAACCAUGGAUUUUUGUUUUGUAAAGGUGAACACAUAACUUGGAAUUGUUUAGAAUACAGUCAUGUACCUACAAAUUGGUCUCUCAUUCCCACCUUUUCCCUCUCAAACUUAACAAAUUUUAAUCUUGCAUGGACAUUUAAUUACCAAACCAAGUAUUGCAAGAGGCUGUGUUAAUGUCACUGCAAGAGUCACUUAUAUUUAAAAAAUAAAAUUUGUAAAAGCAAUUCUGACUAUGAAAGGUUCUUCUUUUGACAGAAGUAAAAGAGAAUCCAGAAGGGACAGACAACCCAGCUAAAGAAGACAUUCAGUCACCCUCUCAAAAAAGCGUAAAGAAGGUACCAGAGACUUUUCAUUUGCCAAUUUUUGUUUCCUGGAAACAGAGAAAAGGUUUAAGUCAAUGUAAUUGUGAAAUAAGUUGUCAAAAGAGAAUCAUUCUUGAACAGUAUAGUGCUUAAAGGCCUUCUUAAUUUUAAUAGCUCUGUUAAUAUUUGAACAUAUUUAUCUCAGAAUCAACUGGAUAUAGUUAUAGUAAGGUUGUAUGAACCUGAAACAGGCAUGUCUCUUUUAAUUGUAAUAGUUUGUGUGAAGAACUAUAAGAUGUUAGCUAUUAUAUAAAUAAUAAGUUUGGACUAUAAAGUAAUAAACAAAAAUCAACAUUUUAACAAAUCAUUAUAUUGAUGGUAAUCAUGCUAAUGGAGAAUACAAAUAACUUAGGCCACCACUUAAGAGUGUUAGAGAAAAUACAUUGCCACUGACUAGAAGAGCCUGCUGUUUUUAACUAAUGGCAGUUAUUGGGUAAAUUUUAUUUCACUAGAUCAAAAUGAACCACUUAUUGUCUAAGCUUGCAAUACCAGGAUCCAUAUCUUAGCCUGAAGAACAGGUGUAAAUUCUUUUGCCUUUUUCAGUAGAAUUGAGGCAAGCAUGAGGCAGGCAUGAAGUCAAGGGGAGGAGUUAUUAUUUGCACUCCUACCCUGUGCAUGACUUAUCUUCAUUUGCCUGAAAAACGCAACAAAUUAUUCCUGUUCUGCAGGCUAGAUCUCUUUGACCUAAGUUCUUCAGAAAAACCAGUUAGCAGGAGGAAAUGCAAGCACAAAAAUAUCACAUUUUUACCCUAACCUUUUCAUCUCUCUUACUCACAUACUAGCUUCUGGCUCCACUGAAGUUAAGCAAGAGGAGGAAAGUGGCUCAGCUGCAAAAAAACCUAAAAUUGAUCCUAUUGGAGAACCUGGAACUUCUGGGGUAUCCAGCACUAGUAAGACAAGGAAGUUUAAGGGUAAGGACAAAAGGAAAGUUACAUUUUCAGUUGAUAAAAUUUCUUUACAGACUUGAAGAACCUUAAAUCUCUCUCCCAAAAUGGAUUUUUUUUUGUGAUAAAUUGUUACUGACUCACAAUCAGUUAUACCCCCACUAGCUGCCAUAAUGUAAAUCAACUCUGAUCAGUUUUAUUCAACAUAUUAUACCUGAUAAUAUGGGUAAUGAGUAUGUGGAUAUGUAUUUGUACGCUUUUGAAAUUGACCAGUCUUCCCAACAGGGCUCGAUCACCUCAGGAUAAAUACAAACAAUCUGGUCCCAAACAUUGUAAAUAAACACAGGGUGUAAAACCCCAACUGGCAGGAGGCAGGCAGCAGUUAGCUAUAUACAAAGAACAGCCAAGGAGUUGAACUCAGGGAACCAUUAAGAACAAUCCAUUGAGUGGCAGGCUGAAGGGCUUGUUCUCAGGACCACCAGACUAACCACUUGGCCACCCUGCUUCCACAACAUCUGAUAGAAAAUCUUCAGCAUGACAGAAAAAAGCCUUUGCUCUUCUCUCCCCCCCCCCUCUGAAAAAGAUUACUUGCAAUGAAUGAUUUCAAAAUUGUUACUGAGUCACAGUAAGUAACAAGUAAGCUGGUAAUCUUAAAAUAAUUAUCUUUCCAUUUGUUUUUAUAUUCAAGAGGGAGUAGUAACUGAUGAUGACCUUCAAACACUUGGCAAAGAAAUUGCUGACAAAUGGGAUGAACUGGCACGUCGACU